GUAAACGCUGCACGUGUGUGUAAACGCGAGGGGCCCGCUGCUGUGCACACAUCUGUCAUACACACCGGCUGCUCUGAGCUUUUAAAUCUCCCACCCUUGAAGCUCCUUCCACAGGUGUCUCGGGUUCAAAAUCGUUUGCAAGAAUAUUUUCAAAUAUCAUAAAAAAAGUUUUUCUGAAUUUGUUGUUUUUUGGGCCAAAUGGCUGACGGCCAAAGAAUCAUACACAGACGUUUGUCCCGAGAUUACAGUGAUUCUUCAGAUGACUCGGAUGACAAUUCGUCCCAGAAAACGACCAAAAAUGCCCCUGCGACCGCUCAUCCAGUGACAAAUGCCAAUCAAGUGACCGAUACUAAAGUCCCGGAAAAGAAUGGAUUAGUGCUGAAGCCGUCGCUCAGUUUGGAACCUUAUGACGUCGCUUUUAAGGUGAUGCUUGUGGGCGAUUCUGGAGUUGGAAAGACUUGUCUUCUGGUGAGGUAUAAAGAUGGAGCUUUUUUGUCGGGAGUUUUUAUAUCAACAGUAGGAAUCGAUUACAGGAACAAGGUUGUGAACGUGGAUGAUACAAAAGUGAAACUACAGAUAUGGGAUACAGCCGGGCAGGAGAGAUUCCGAAGCGUGACACAUGCGUAUUACAGAGAUGCUCAUGCUCUCCUCCUUUUGUACGAUGUUACUAACAAAACGAGUUUUGACAACACUAGGGCCUGGCUUGGCGAGAUUAAUGAAUACGCACAAGACGACGUAGUGAUCAUGUUGAUCGGAAACAAAGCCGAUGCAUCUGGCUCCGAUCGAGUGGUGCAGUAUGAAGACGGUGAGAGGCUUGCGAAGGAAUAUGGAGUGACUUUCAUGGAGACAAGUGCCAAAACUGGUACCAACGUGGAACUUGCAUUUAUGGCUGUUGCAAGGGAACUGAAGUACCGCCAAAGCUGCCAAGCGGACCAGGAUUCCAAGUUCAACGUCAAAGAGUAUGUUCGUCAAGAGAGUACGAAAAGCAGAUCUUCUGGGACUUGCUGCGGAUAGAACCAUCACGAAGCCUCGUCUCCAUGGUAACCGAAAAUAUUCCCGCGCCUAGCAGCGUGCAUAUGUCAACUCAACUCGAAUGGGAAAUAGGUUGGCGAGGAACAAAAAAAAAAAUAAAAUAACAGAAGCAUUUUGUUCUUUGCCUCGAUUUUGAUCGUUAUGUUACGCAAUUCUUGGCUCUUUAUUUUUUAUUCUUUCUCAGUUGUUAUAUUUCUUGGAUGUCUUAUUAUUUAUCAUCGUAGAAGAUAAUUGUUCCAUCUGUGUUACUGUGUAUCGUUUAUCAUGGCUGGUUCAGGUAACGAUAUUCGUGUUUCAGUGUUCUAAGUGAAGCAAAAUCUGACGCACCUUUAAAAAAAUAUAUUACCUCACACUAUUAAUUUUCCCUAACUUUUCUAAAAAAACAAAAAUGGGAAACAAAUGUUUCUCUCCGUUUAGUUUUAUGAUAGUAAUGGAAAAUGAGAAGCAGUUACAAAUGUUUGCUAAAAUGAAAUUACAAACAGUUAACAACUGAUUAUUAUUGAUAAUUCAUAACCACAUUAUCUCUUAUUUUUUCUUGAUAUAUUUCAAUUAUUUUUAUGUUUUUAUAAUCCAAUUACUUUUACUUAUCUAAUAUAUUGUUAACUUAUGGUUUCCAAAUUUAUAAGUGUAUCGAUUAGUAAAGGAUUUUUAAAAGAAUCAUUUAUCUAUUUUUAAUAUAUUGUCACUCGAUUGUCCAAACAUGAAGUACAAAAUCACUCAUAUUCCCAUUUAACUUUUUGAAUUCAGUUUUGAAAGGCAUAUAAAAAAUAAAGAUAUGGACUUUAAAAUGAUUAAUAUAUUAAUGCAAUAAAUAUUAUGUAAAAUUUUCCUUACUUGAUUUAUCUGAAGAUAGAGGCAGCAUAUAACUCACUUUCAAAAGGUACAUUUCACAUGUUGUCAAAUUUUGACAAUUAUUAGGAAUUUUAGUGUCAGAAAAUGCUUCACGAAUCUUAUAUAAUGAUUAAAUGUUUUCUGUAAAUUUUGAUUUGAAGAUCAGGAAAAAAAUAUUAUUUGGUUUUUUUUAUGUUGAAUCUAAAUGCGAUAUAGGAAUGUUUGUUUUAAAAGCAGUAUACCAUCUGAAAUGUCACUCUUUUUAUAGCAAGUGGAAAAUAUUUUUUUAAAACCAAAUCUAAAAAAUACAUAUAAUGGGUAAAACUGUAAAUUAUUGCAAAAUACAGCUCAUGAUAAAGCAAUAUCAAUAAAUUAAUGAUUGUUUAGAAAUCAAGUAUGUGUAUAUCAUUGUUGAUAUAAGCUUUUUUUUUCUAUAUUUUCUUAGUUUAUUGUUUUAGAUGUAAGUAAUUAUCUAUUUAUGCAAAGAUCGAAAAAUAUUUUUUAAAUGGCGUGCUAAUAUUUUGUUACGUCUAACCCCUUGUGUUUUGGUUUUUUCUUAUAAUGGAUAUUGAUGCUGUACCAUUUAAAAGUGAGUUAUUUGCAUUAGAGAAAUUUUUCCACAAAUGUUGACCACAAAUGUGAUAUUUCUUUUGUGAAAAUUAUAGCCUGAAAUAAGUUAAAUUAUUACUAUAAAAGUGCUUGAUUCUUUUAAUUAUUCCUUGGUUACUGAAAUGAUGUAUAAUCUAUUUUACACAAAAAAAAGGUCACGAUUUAAAAAAGAAUUCCAAAAAUUUUCACAAAAUUCCCUCCCUUGAAAUCUUUUAACAAUUGUUAAUAAAAACAAAUAAGAAUAUUACUUGAACAUUUCAUUAAAAUCUGCUAAAUGUUGUUUUGAAUGGAAUUAUUUUCUUUAUUAUUAAAAAAAUCAUUUCUUUUCAUAUCUAUGGGAAUUAAAUGUUACGUUUAGCCAGAAACAGCAAUUUUUUUUUCUCGCCCCAAAAAAGUCCCGAGAGGAGGUUAUUUAAAACAUUUUGUUAAGGUUAAUUAAAAUAUGGAUCUUGAUCAUAAACAGGAUCGCGUAAUAGCUACAAAAAAGGUCUAAUAAUUUUUUAAUCUUUUUUGUAUUAAAUUAUAUGUUUAAUAAUCAUUUAUUAGUGUUUUCAUUUCUAAGUAUAGGUUUCCAACUGAGUAAUAUUUUCGUGUGUGGCUUCCACUAAAAUUACAUAUUGAUGUUGUGGAAAAAAAUAAUCAAAAAGUAUAGGGGAGAGUAGAAUAAGAAGAGGUUCUAAAUACUUGUAGAUUUAUAAAAUCAACAAAUAUUUUGGAAAUUUUUAAAAGAUAUUAUCAUAGGUUAUUGUGCAUUUAGACUAUUUAUGAAAAUAUAUAAACAGACUUAUUUUCUAUUUUUAAUUUAUUUUUAAAAAUAUUCUUUUAUUUAAAUUAUUAUUUUCAUUUUUUGGUUGGGGAAGAAUAAAUUUUUGUUUAUAUUUAUAGUAAAAAAAUUCAGAUUUUCAGUUAUUAUGACUAUUUUAUUUUCUUGAGUUAGUGUUACUACCUUUUUUUCAAUUAUUAAAAAUUUGAAAAAAAAAAUCCAGCAAAAAUGCAUCCUAUUUCGUUUGUAUUAGCAGAUUCAAUUGCAUUUUUCAUCGAUUCUGGAACCUGGGCUCCUCGAUCAAUCGCCUUUUUUAUGUCCGAAACAACUCUCUUAAUCUGCUAAGGAAACAAAAAUAUACAAUUUGGCUAGAAUGGCAAAAAUUGAUUUCUACCCCAUUAAAUAUCAUAAGAAAAAUAUGUAAAUUAAUAUCUAAAGAUCUCUCUGUUUUUGUUGAUCAAGGUUAAUAUGUAUGACCAUUUGAAAUACGUUUAAAUAUUUUUAAUGGAUAUUAAAUAUUUAUAUUUUCAAAAUUAUUACACAAUAUAAUCAGUGACACAUUCCAAUUUUUCUACUUUCAGUUACAAAAGUUCCAUGUUUGAACACGACAAACAUAGAAUUUUCAAUCAAAUUCCCUUUACAUGUUUUGAAGUUUUACGCUAUCAGUGAUACUUAAUUCAGCAUCGAUGCGUUCUUUACAUCCAUUGAUUGUUUUCGGAUUUAUAAACAAGAUUUUUGGUGUAAUUUCAUAAAAAGAAGUCACACGAGAUAAGAUCCAGAGAUCGUGGUGGCCAUGUGACGAAGAGUAAAUCAGUGUCACUUGUACGCCUAAUCCAGUUUUUCAAGUUCCUUAUUUAAAUAGGCUAUAAACAUCCAAAGCCCAGUGUGGCCCUAUCUUGUUGAAAGAUAAAAUCUGUAUUAUCCUAAGGUAGUUGUGGAAAUAACUGUAUUUCUAAUAAGUUCAGAUAAUUAUCUCUUAUUCAGCGAUGUUACAAAUAAAAUUUAGUGCGUUUUUUCUUGAUUUUCCAAUUGUCUUUGGCGACCAGUUGGUUCAUCGAAAAUAUUGGUUAUGUUUCAUUUCAGUUAAAUUUUUUUAAUGAAAUUCCAUGACCAUGAUUUCAUCAAAUUGCCAGACAUUAAAGCAGUGUAAUUUUAUAAGUCUUGCAUAUGUUCUGUUUAUUGUACAUAUGAACUUUUCUACUAGAGACUACCAGUUCCAUGACAUCAGAGCGCUAUUGUAUCCGGUUCAUCUAUCUGCUAAAUUUAGUGGUAUUAUAACGUCACUUUUUUAUUUAUCCUGUAAACUAUAUGGAUAUUAAACAGGAUCCAUCUUUAAUUUUUGACAAUGGAAAGAAAAUACUGAAAAUCAAAUAUUUGACGAAACAAUGAAAACGAUUUUGAUUUCAUUCACAAAAUUGAAAAUAUUGUUGCGAAAUGUAUUUAAAAAUAUUCUUAAAAGCUAAUUAAAUCCAGGCUAAAAACUUUUACAAUUAACUUAUAAUUGAAAAAAAUAAUUUUGGGAGCUUUAAAACAGUAUGAAAUCCUUUUUGAGCGAGAAUAUUUUUUUUUUUAAUUAUCGCGAAAAUAUAUCAACAUUUAGCUAAUUUUUUAAUAAAAAUCCUAAUUAAAAUUUCAAAUAAAUCACACCAAGGUGCACAAUAUAACCCUCUAAAGUGUAUAUGAACCAAAUUGGCUAGCUCUAGGUCAAUUAUCUAUGUGUAGAGCGCCAACACAUAGAUAUCCAUCUUUAUUAUAAGUAGAAACAUUGUUUAUAUUAUGUGUAAUAGUUUUGAAAAUUUAAAUCUUUAAAAACCAAUCAUUCAUUUAUCCCUAUUAGCACGAGACAUUGUACGAUAUCUCCAUAAAGUUGAUCGAUAUUCUGAAUGGUGAACGAUAUCGGAAAAGCAUCACUGCAGUAUUGUUAGGCUUUUCUUGUUAAUAGGGACGCUACUUCUAUACAUUUGAAGUUUUAAGUUUGUAAAUCAGUUGCACUUGCUUUCCAUCAGUGCUAAUAAUCUAGAUACGUAAAUAAAUUAUUCAAGAAAACCAAACCACUUCUUUGAGAAACUUCUGCACAAGAUUCUAUCAAAAUAGUAGCUGCUUACGCAAAAAUCUCUUCUCUGCCUCUGCCAACGUUGUCGGGCACGGUUGCUUCUUGUUAGGUGAACCAAUAGCUCAACUACCUCAUCUUGUUACACUCUCUUCUAUAGCGAAAAUUUUUCCACCUGAAAAAGGUCGUAAAUGAAAAAAAUUAAGAUCCCUUAAUUUAAAUAAUAUUCCUUUGCAUAAGAAAUUUGUUAAAAUAUGUUCUUAAAUCUUUUUUGUGUGUUCUUGUUUUGUUUUUUAAUCAAUGGCUUUUGUUUUCCUUGUCGUUCUUUUUUAACAACUGUUCCGGCAGAAUAAAAAUAUUGAGAAAAUGAGAAUGAAAAAAUAAUUUUAGAAGCUUUAGGAAAUAUUUUAAACCUUAAAUGAAAAGUAUUAUUAAUGAUUAAAUAUCACAAUUUUAAUUUUAUUAAGAUUGCGGAUAAAACUAAAUCAAAACUGCGUCUAUCUGCGAAUUUCAUUUUCUC